AUGUCAGGACAGAGCUCGAGCUCCUAUGGUGACACUGACCCUGGCACGGACAGGGCAUCCAGCACCCCCUCCAGCAGCAUCCGGUGGGCACCGCACGGCCGCGGCACGACGGCCUGCCUCGUCGUCGUCAACGUCGCGCUCGUCGCCCUCGUCUACCUCUACUUCUGGAGGGUGUUCUCCCGCAAACGCGCUGGCGCGUCCCCCUCAGCCUCUAACGCCAUGGACCACGACGACGACGCGUCGUCCACAGCCUCGACACCGCCGUCCUCGCCUCCAACGUCCCAGGACCAGCACGACCGCCUCGUGGCGUCGCUGCCGACGUUCGUCGCGAGCUCCGGGUCCGGCGCCGGCGCCGAGUGUGCGGUGUGCAUCGCAGAGCUGCGGGACGGCGACGAAGGGCGCGCGCUGCCGCGGUGCGGGCACCGGUUCCACGCUGCAUGCGUCGACGCUUGGCUGCGGCGGCGGCACACCACCUGCCCGCUCUGCCGGGCCAGCGUCGUCGUCGCCGCGGAGGAGGCGGGGCCCAAGGGCAGUGGCGUAACGGACACGACAAUGGCUGCGGCUCUCGAGGAUAUGGACGCACCGGUCUAG